AUGUUACAAGAAAAAGAUACGACACCUGAAUCAGAUUCUGAAGAUCCCACAGAAGAGUCGAAUCAGCCAAACUCUUCUAAAGAACUUGUGAUUGUUUCCAAUGUUGUACUCGUGCCAAGUCGUGAAGAAAGAUCUUGCAAUAAUUUCCAAAACCAGUUUGAAGAGCAUUUGCUCCAAAAUCAAAAAAGUGAUGAGGAAGAUGAAGGAGAACGGGCGUUGUGCUCGUCACUUGAAGUUGCUAAAAUUUAA